AUGGCUUUUGAGUGCCCCCGCCCCCAAGCGCUUGACAGGCCCGUCAAUGUGUCCCGACCCGACCCCGCCGCGAUCCGCCGGGCACGUCACCCUCAGCAGGACGAGGACCAUCGAGACGCGGGUUUCGGGCACGGCGGAGCGGAGCGGAGCGCCGAGACGGGAGGAGGGGCGCGCGGAUAUACCAGCACGGGCCGCGGGCAGCGACGGGACCGGGCGGGCGACGGAGUCAUGGACCCUCUCUUGGUCGUCGCCGCCGUGGUCUCCGCUGUCGUCGUUCUUGCUGCUUGCGGGGUUGGAGCGGCAUUUCAAGUUCGGAAGGAGAUUCGGCGACUGGCUGAAGAGGAUAAGAAGGUGAUGCAGAUGGUUUCUUAA